AGUUUCUCAUCAAACAUCGAGUUGCACUUACUCAUACGAGGUUUGGUUUGUAAUAGGGCACAAGAUAGAUGGCCCAUGUAGCAGCAGAGCAAAAACUUGAGCACGCGCUGACGGCCAAGAACGAUGCUGACAACCUCGUCGAGCUCAUCCCGUCGCUGCCCGUCGAGAAGCGGUUAGUGAUACCGUCUCCCGACUUGCAGAGGCGACAGUACCGUGGGUACUGGUUCCCGGAGUGGCACUUGUCGGCCCUCGCGGCAGCCCGCGACCACUUCGAGCCCAUGCCAACAGACAUCUUCCUGGUGAGCUGCCCCAAGUCUGGCACCACCUGGCUUAAAUCCCUGGCCUUCGCCACCGUGCACCGGGACGUUCACCCGCCAUCGAGCCGCGAGCACCCUCUGCUGCACAAAAACCCGCAUGGCUGCGUCAGAUUCAUCCACGCAAUCUAUCGGCAACCCGUUGACGUUACGCGGGGAAUCCUCGAGGCGUAUCCUUCCCCGCGUAUUUUCGGCACCCACUUUCCAUUGUCCUUGCUGCCGGAGCGCAUCAAUGGCGACGGCUGCGGGUGCCGGAUCGUCUACAUCUGCCGGGAUCCUAAGGACGUGGUCGUCUCGUGGUGGUGGUUCAUGCGCACCUACCUCCCAAACCCCGAGCAGGUCCGGUUUGAGGAGGUCUUCGACUUGUUCUGCGAGGGCCGCACUGGCGCGGGCCCUUAUUGGCGCCACGCCCUCGAGCAUUGGGAGGAGAGCCGGAGAAGGCCCGGCAAGGUGCUGUUCCUGAGGUAUGAGGAGAUGUUGCUAGACCCGCAGUGCAAUCUUAGGAGGCUGGCAGAGUUUUUGGGGUGCGCAUUCUCUGAGGCGGAGGAGAAGGCCGGCGUCCUAGACGCCAUCUUGGAGCUCUGCAGCCUCGACAAGCUAAAGAAGCUGGAGGUGAACCAGAGCGGCAACAAGAUUAAGGACGGAGAUGAGCCCAUGAUGAACCAUUCUUUCUUCAGGAAGGGGGAGUCCGGUGACUGGAUCAACCACAUGACAGCAGAGAUGGCGGCAAGGCUCGAUGCAAUCGUUGAACAUGCGCUGCAAGGCACCGGAUUUAGGUUUGGGAUCGCCACGCCACAGUAAUAAUUAAUAAUGGACUUAACUACACACCGGAGCCGCAUGUGAGUCUUCUCAUGGGGCGGUUAAUUUAUCUCCCUACAAUGCAUGCAUGCAAUGACAUCAUCAAGAUUAUUUCUAUUGUUUUAAAAUUUAAAAAGUUUUAUCUCUGAAACCGUUAAUUUAAUUGAUAAUCCGUUUUCACCGUUGCCUUUGUCGCGACGAGAUCUUCAAAACUA